CUGAUGUCCUUAGCCACACCCAAGAAUCCCCUUGCUCCGUAUAUAAACGGCAUAAAAGCCACAAAAGCAAAAACCCUAAUUUUGCAACAGCAAGAGCCCUUCUUUGAGCUAAAUUGGAGUCGCUGAAUCAGGGCCGUAUCAGCAAAAAUGAAGUUCAAUAUCGCAAAUCCAACCACUGGGUGCCAGAAGAAGCUUGAGAUUGACGAUGACCAGAAACUCCGUGCAUUUUUUGAUAAGAGGAUCUCACAAGAAGUCAGUGGAGAUGCACUGGGUGAGGAGUUCAAGGGUUAUGUAUUUAAGAUUAUGGGAGGCUGUGACAAACAGGGUUUUCCAAUGAAGCAAGGAGUUCUAACUCCAGGCCGUGUUCGACUUCUGCUUCACAGAGGUACCCCUUGCUUCCGUGGUUAUGGAAGGAGGAAUGGAGAACGUAGAAGGAAGUCUGUUCGUGGGUGCAUUGUUAGUCAAGAUCUCUCAGUUCUGAACUUGGUUAUAGUCAAGAAAGGUGAAAAUGAUCUGCCUGGACUGACAGAUGUUGAGAAGCCUAGAAUGAGGGGUCCUAAGAGAGCAUCAAAGAUCCGGAAACUGUUUAACCUCUCAAAGGAGGAUGAUGUCCGGAAAUAUGUCAACACUUAUCGCCGAACAUUUACAACCAAAUCUGGUAAGAAGGUUAGUAAGGCCCCUAAAAUUCAGAGGCUGGUGACUCCAUUGACUUUGCAAAGGAAGCGUGCUAGAAUUGCUGACAAGAAGAAGAGAAUUGCAAAGGCCAAGGCUGAGGCUGCUGAGUACCAGAAGCUCCUUGCCUCCAGGUUGAAGGAGCAGCGUGAACGCCGCAGUGAAAGUUUGGCAAAGAAGAGAUCUAGGCUAUCUGCAGCCUCAAAGCUCUCGGCAUAGAUGCUUCUACGAGCGAUGUCAUUUCUUGAAUAGGUUGAGGUAAUUUUGAUUGUUACUGUUCUUUGGCUUUUGGAAGUUCAAUUUUGGAUGUUUCCUGCAUCUAUAAACAAUUUCGAACAUCUGAAAUAUUUGUUUUUACUUUCAUAUGCUGUGGGAUUGUGAAUCACCUCAUUUUGUUUCUCUCUGGUGGAUGGUUUCAUUUAUGAUUAGAUGAUUUUUCUUGUAUGUUGAAGACUUAUUUGCAGUAUUUAUGCAGUCACAUUUUAUUUUU